UUAUUCUGGUCUCAGGUCAGUCAUGAGACCGUGUGACCUGAACAAGAGGAUUACCGAAGACCACGUCGGACCGCCUCAGUCCAGAAGUCGGGCUCACCACCGGAUCCAGAGGCCUGCUGUGGAUCCACAUCGCUGUACUCUUGGUCUCUCUGGAUCGCUCACGGUCAUGCAUCAUAAUAUUAAGAUCAAUAACUAAAUCUAGCCUUCAUUAUGUAUCUAAUCGUCCAGAAUUAGUAUUUUCUUGUUACAAUUCUGAAAUACUGCAUCGUGUAUCUGCGCAUACUUGUGUGUGUGUGUGUGUGUGUGUAUGUGUGUGUGUGUGUGUGUGUUUAUUGUAUAUACUUAAACACGCUUAAUGGAGAAACAUUUUUUAAAGCUGCAUUACCAGACAUCCUUCAGUGUAAAAUCAGAGCACGUCAACGUGGAGCCUCUGAAGGUUCAGAGAGGACAGAUUACAGACUCAAAAAAAGGAUUCAAGCCCUUCUUAGAGGUGACACAUUUAAAUAUUGUUUGAUACAUUUAAAUAAAUCAAUUACAAAACGAAGAUAUUUAUAUUGAAUGGGUGUAACACAAAAUGUAGGAAUACUUUCAUUUAUUAGAUUUAUUUAGGUUAGAUGUUGUGCAUAUCAACUCAAAACUUCUGAAAAUCAGUUGUUUACAUGAGGUGAAGACAUUUACAGGGCUGUAUGGUGGCGUAGUGGCUAGCACUGUUGCCUCACAUCCAGAGGGUCGUGGAUUCAAUUCCCAGUCGGGGUGUUCCUUGUGUGUGAAGUUUGCAUGUUUUUCUAGUUAGUUAGUUCAUAUUUUGAGUUCAAAUUAAUUUAAUUGAAUGAAUAUCGUUAUUUUAUUAUAGAUGUAUUUGAUACAAAUGAGUUGGACUAACUUAAUUACAUUUUAUUGCACUGAUGUGCUAAAUUUUAGUUGGAGAUGCAUAUAAUUAUUGGAUGGAAAACCUGCCAACAAUUUAAUUGAGUUCAUCCAAUGAGUCAUUUCUUUGAGUGCAGGGGCAGAUUACCCAGAAUGCAUUAUUAAAACAAGGGGCUCCUCCAUUAACCUCUGACCUGAGCAGGAAUAAUAUGUGCCAGUAUAGGUUGAGGAGGUGGAACGUGUUCCACCCCGACAUCAGAGUGCAGACGGUGAAUGAUAAUCUAAUACUGUGGUGAAGGUCGUCAUGACGAUGCGUUCACAACAAAGUGUUGACAAGAGGUCCAGAAGAGAAGAUACGGCACACACGCGGGGUUAAGAUAGAUGGGACGGACACACACACACACACACACACACAAACAGACACAUACACACACAAACAGACACAUACACACAAAAACAGACAUACACACACACAUACACACACAUACAUACACACACAGAGACACACACAUUCCUGUUGUGCGUUUGCAGCGGUUUAUUAUCAGGUAAACAAAAGACUCCAGCUAAUAAGUGUGGGAAGGAGUUUAGGAGUCCCAACUCAAUGGGGAGGAGUCCCAAAGUAAGGGGAAGGAGUUUAGGAGUCCUAAAGCAAGGGGGAGGAGUUUAAGAGUCCCACAGCAAGGGGGAGGAGUUUAGGAGUCCUAAAGCAAGGGGGAGGAGUUUAGGAGUCCUAAAGCAAGGGGGAGGAGUUUCCUUUCCCGACUGUUGAAAGAGGUUUAAUUCCCACUGUCGCUGAACUUCUUCUGCUUGCUUGUUUGUUUGUUUGUUGUUCCCAGUACUUGGGGUCACCACGGUUGAUUGGCUGACCUGUGGGUGAGGUUUAGGGGCCGGAGGCCAUGGCGGGCCGACUCCUCCUCUUCCUCUUCUUCGCCGUGACGCUCGGCCAGCGUCUGAAGCCCCGCCUCCAGAGAGACCGCCGCAACAUCCGGCCGAACAUCAUCCUCAUCAUGACGGACGACCAGGACCAGGAGCUGGGUUCGAUGCAGGCGAUGAAUAAGACGCGUCGCAUCAUGGAAGAGGGCGGGACUUCCUUCUCCAACGCCUUCGUGACCACGCCCAUGUGCUGUCCGUCAAGAUCGAGCAUGCUCACUGGGAAGUACGUCCACAACCACAACACCUUCACCAACAAUGAGAACUGCUCCUCUCCCUCAUGGCAGAAACACCACGAGCACCGGAGCUUUGGAGUCCACCUGAACAGCACCGGAUACAGGACAGCGUUCUUCGGGAAGUAUCUGAACGAGUACAACGGCUCCUACGUGCCCCCCGGCUGGAGGGAGUGGCUCGCCCUGGUGAAGAACAGCCGCUUCUACAACUACACACUGAGCCGCAACGGGGUCCGGGAGAAACACGGGGCGCAGUACCCACAGGACUACCUGACCGACCUCAUCACGGCCGAGUCCAUCCGGUACUUCCGCUCCUCCAAGAGAGUUUACCCUCACCGCCCGGUGCUGAUGGUGCUGAGCCACGCGGCGCCGCACGGACCAGAAGACGCGGCGCCGCAGUACAGCACCGCCUUCCCCAACGCCUCGCAGCACAUUACUCCCAGUUACAACUACGCUCCAAACCAGGACAAGCACUGGAUCCUGCGCUACACCGGCCCCAUGAAGCCCGUCCACAUGCAGUUCACCAACAUGCUGCAAAGGAAACGGCUGCAGACACUGCUGUCUGUGGACGACAGCAUGGAGAGGCUCUACAACAUGCUGGUGGAGACCGGCGAGUUGGAGAACACGUACAUCAUCUACACGUCAGACCACGGUUACCACAUCGGACAGUUUGGCCUCGUCAAAGGUAAAUCCAUGCCGUACGAGUUUGACAUCAGAGUCCCGUUCUUCAUUCGAGGACCAAACGUGGAACAAGGCACCAUUAACCCUCACAUGGUCUUGAACAUCGAUCUGGCUCCCACCAUCCUGGACAUCGCCGGCCUCGACACGCCUCCAGACAUGGACGGGAAGUCCAUCCUCCAUCUGCUGGAGGCCGACAAGCCAGCCAACCGGUUCCAGGUGAACAGGAAGCCGAAGGUGUGGAGGGACUCGUUCCUGGUGGAGAGAGGGUAA